CCAAUGCUUAGUAAGUAACACAGACCCAGAGAAACUACCGUCCCAACAGCAUCUGGGCCGUUUCCACUAUGCAGAUGCACAUUCUUUUUUAUCUCAGUCUAAUACGGAUACUGCUAUCACAAGACAUAGCAAAAGCUAAAGAUGACCCUCGCUGGAAGAUAUACUUGAAUCAGACCAUAAAUGCAACAAAAGGCUCAAAUAUAAUCAUAUUCUGCACUUUUGAAAUUCCUCCAGAACAAAAAACAAACAUUAAACUUUACUGGAAAACAAAAGGGAGCAGUAGCUGCAGCGACAAAGACGACAAGCUGGCAUUCGCGUUUCAUCCUAGCACCUCUUGCAUAGAUCCACACUUCCAGAGUAGGACAAAACUAAUUGGAGAAGCCAGAGAUGGAAACUGUUCUCUACAAAUCAUCAAUAUUAUGAAAAGUGAACCAUCAAUCUACCUGCGGGUUUCUGGAUGGAACGACAGCUACAGUUUCAACAAACACCAUGUGAACAUUAAGGUGGACGGACAGAAUUUAAGUUCCCUAAGUCACAGAGAUGAUCCCUCAAUUGAGUUUGACACAACGAGAGCCAUGCCUGAUGUGCAUGAUGAUGACAAAAAGCUGUAUCUGACCAUCUUUGUGCCACUUCUCGGACUUUUCAUCAUUGCUGCAGCUGGGAUAGUAGCUUACAAAAUGCACAAGAGGUCACACAUGAUGAACCGUCGGGAAUCUGGAUAUUAUGCAAACUUCAGAAGGACAUUGUCAACCCCACGCAAAAGUGAACCAUUUUGUAAAACAUCAAAUGAAAUGCCUCCAGAUGCAAAAGUCAUUGAUGAACCUGUUUACUUAAAUCUGCAGACAUCAGCAAAUCAGAUGGACCAACAAGUGGAAACCGUAGAAAAUAUUUAUGGAAAUGUGGACUAUACAACUUAGAAAAAACAUCUGCUUUCAUCCUACAGUAUUGUAUUUAGCUUUCAAAUGCAUCUGUUCAAUAAGAAGGAUUAAAUGUGUCAACUAGAUUGAGAAGGAUGCUCUGGUUUGCAGCACAUGCAUGGAAACUCCAAAGUUUAAUGAAAAGGGAACUUUAUUCAGCAAUGUGACCAAUGCGGUUUGGCUAAGAGAUGAACGUUUCCACCUUCACUUGGCAAGGCUUCAAUAAUAAAAAAAAAUCCAGAAUCUCACAAAUAUGAAAUGAGCUGACAACAUGAUGUGCUGUGUAGACUGUAAUAAAUUGUGUGGGUUUUCAAUAAGGAUUUUCAAGAAUCAAGAACUAAAGUCUGCCACCUGUCUCUUUGUUAACUAAAACAAACAAACCUCAGUAAUAUUUGUUUUUAAAUGGCAAUAAAAAUGCUAAUUUUACUGUCCAAUAUAUAGCACUGUGUACAUGGAGUUAUCUUCAUAUAAAAGAGAUUGUAACCUGAGGUAAACUAGUGUCAGUCAACAUGUUAAAAAUUACAUUUUUAUACAUUGCUUAUAAAAAUAUCAGUUUCGAAAAUUUAAGCAAAUUGUGACAGUUUGAAAUUUUGCAAUACAGCUACAAGAGAAGAAUAAAAGUAUAAAUAAAUAUAUGAAAGGCAAAUUCAAUUGUAUUUUUUUAUAUUAUUCCUUUUAAUUUUAAAGACCUUCUGCUUACAGUUCAUGAAAACAAGACAUUUGAGAUUAGAAUGUUAUGCUAAAAAAGAAAUAUAUAUAUACUGUAUAUAUAUAUAAAAUACAGAAAUGUGGGCUUAACAGAAAGUUUAAGACAUAUUAUUUUCCAUCUGACAAAAUAGUCUUAUCUGAACAUACUCACACACACACAUACAUGUAUAUUCAUAAUUGUGAACUGUAUUUUUGAAUAAACAAACUAAAGUUUUAGGAUUGUAGUUGUGAUCUAAAAUGCAAAUACUGUGAAGCAGCAUUAUGUUCUGAUAUACAUAAUAAUGUCUACAGAACAGGUCCGCUGCCAGUAAUUCAGUAACUGCUCCAUUUUCAACAAGACUGCUGCCAGUUAUCAGUUCGUAAUAGUUAACUGGUGACACAAAUACCAAUGAAACAUCAUAGAAUUACAGGGAGAAAAGAGUUAUGCUCUGAUCUGACAUGCUUCAUCUUACUGCCUUCCUUAUUUUCUAUUACACAAUCUUGCAAGUGGAAACAGCCAAGCAUUUUUUUUAAAACGACGCUGCAUUUUAUAAACUCAUGAAGCAAAACCUGUCCAACAUCCUUUAGCUCCUUCUUAAAUGCAGCAGAUUGUUGAUUUAUAGUAGAUUGUGCUGUGACUGGUCAGGUUAGAGUAAAAGUUUGCUUUGACAAGAAUAUAUAUAUUGUUUUGGUUCAGAUGGAGCUACCCUGUUUUAUCUCAGUCUCAUGUGGACAGUAGCACCACAAGCAGGAAGUGGAUCAUUUUUAUAAAUUCAAACAGUUGAAUCAAAAUCAAGUUUUAUUUUGUUUUAAACGCAGAUGCAGCUUGGGUAGCUAACGUCAUUCAGAGUAUUAAAGUAACAAAGGGCUCAAAAACGACCAUUUGGUGUACAUUCAUCGAUCCUCAGAAGCAACACACUAAAAGCAUUACUUGACAUGACUUGGACAUAAUUUAGCCAAGUAACACUUACCUAAUAUGUUACUGCUGGCAGAAGGUCCUACGCCUGCAUUUGUAGGAAGCAUCAAAAUAUAAAAGGCCAUCGUUGUAAGAGUUCUUAGAUUUAUUUACUUAUUUGGAUUUAUGAUUAUUGGUUUUGCUGGCAUAGUCACUUGAUUAAAAGUUAGGACUAUAUCAUAAAUUGGUCACAGACCUGGUCUCAGGAGAAGGAUAUAAUAGAUAUAAAAAAAAAUCAUUACAACUCUUGGAAUAACUUAGGCUGACUAAUGAUGUUCACAUUUUGAUUGAAGAAGAAAUUUAAUUUGGAAAAUAAUAGUGAUGAAAAAGAAUGUGGUUACAUAAGUGUGUGCACUCCCUUCAAUGUGGAUGUGGCCAGCAUUCAAAUUGAUAUAAAUCAGAAGUCAGUUUUCUUAAAAACAAUAUUAGUAAAUCUAAUUUUAUAGUUCCUGUAUUUUUGUAAUUAACUUGAGCAAGAAACAUGUGACUUUUUCACUUGGACUGUUUGUUCAUUUUCUGCAUUUAGAGUUUGAAUGUUCCAACUUCUGAGUCAAAAUGAAACAUAUGAGGAAUCUACUGCUUGAAACCAAUCAUCAAGUGCCACUGGGUUAAAAUGUUUCAUUUUCAAUGUUUGAAAAGUCACAACAAACUGCAAAAGUUCAAGCCCUGUAGCUACAAGUGUUUCAAAAUGUAUAUUGUGUACUUGUUAUAAUAAUUUAGAUAACCGGUGACUUACACUGCAUUUUUUUUCAUUCUGCCUUGUUUUUUGAGUAUGUUGAUGCUUGAAAUGGAUUAUAGAAUGGUUAAAAUAAAACUACUUG